AUGUCUGAAAAACACGAUACGUCGGUGGUGGUGAUGGUUAUAAUGAUAUGUUUGGGAUUAUCAUUUACCGCUGUAGUGCUUCGAUUUGUAUCGAGAGGACUCAUUUUGAAGAAGGUUAACGCCGAUGACUGGUUGAUUGUGCUUUCCUGGAUACUUUCUUUCGGGGUUUCUUUCUCCAUAUAUUUGGGCACUACAUAUGGCCUAGGGCACGACACUCUCUCUAAAGAGAACCAAGUGCUGGAACGGAAGACACAAUUUGUAUAUACUUUGCUUUAUCACCCUGCACUGAUGACAACAAAAACCUCGAUAUUGCUAUUCUAUCUCAGCAUAUCCCAAAAUUUCAGGGUGGUCCAGUGGGGGAACUGGGCAACAUUAAUUGUUGUUAACAUCGGUGGUCUUGUUAUGACAUUUCUUGUUGCUUUCCAAUGCAACCCGCUAUCCGCCACCUUUUUAGCAGAUAUGCCUGGGACGACCAGAUGCAUUGAGACAUAUGCACUUAUCUAUGCAUCGGCACCUCUCAAUGUCAUUACCGACCUGCUAAUCUUGAUUCUACCAAUGCCAGUUUUGACAUCACUUCGCCUACCAAAGAAGCAGAAGAUUAUUUUGAUUGCCGUAUUUGCUGGAGGUGGAUUGACCUCGAUUGUUAGCAUCAUUAGGAUAUAUUUUUUUGAGAGGGCACUAGCGAAAGAGCACAUUCAUUCUGGAAUAACGAAAGAUACUCAUGUAAAUUCUUGGAAUGGUGCGCUAUCUUUCAUGUGGAGUAGCGUCGAAAUUAACGCCGGUAUCAUUUGUGCUUCGGUACCAAUGAUCAAGCCUCUCAUCGCUAAAUUAUUUCCCGGUUGCAUCGGUGUCUCUGGAUCAUCCGGAUCAGCUUCUUUUGGUGACACGAUUGACUCAACUUUACACUCCACUGAGUUCAUAACCUUUGAGCCACCAAAGUCCGCUAUUGCUCUCACAUUUAGGGAGUCCUUGAAACCCUUUUCCUUAGUCACUGUGUUAUUCUUCUUAUGGGGAUUUGCGUAUGGAUUUGUCAAUACAAUAAAUCAACGAUUCGAGGAUUUGUUGAAUAUAUCAGUAUCAAGAUCACUCGGACUCCAUUCAGCAUACUUUAGUGGAUACUUUGCCGCUCCGCUUUUAUUAUCAGGGUCCCUUUUGAAAAUAUACGGAUUUAGGGUCACCUUCAUUGUCGGACUUUGUAUCAAUGGUGCUGGGUGCUUGAUCUUCUGGCCAUCUGCGGUAUUGAAAAGUUAUGCCGGAUUCUGUGUUUCUAUGGUGGUCUUGGGGCUUGGCCUCGCAACAAUCGAACUUGCAGCAAAUCCGUUCAUAGUCUUGUGCGGCCCCCUGAAAUAUUGCGAGUCCCGCCUCUGUAUUUCACAAGCCUUUCAAGCUGUUGGAGCUUUAAUAGGGCCUCUUGUGGCAAGUCAGGUCCUACCUGAAUUACUAGAAGGCGAAACCUCACUUGGAGGUGUGCAAUGGGUAUACCUGGGAAUUGCAUUCUUCGUUUUCCUGUUAGCGAUUGCGUUCUAUUAUUCAAAAAUCCCAGAGAUGAAGGAUACAGACUUCCCUACAGGUCCUGAGCGGCAUGGUUUUACUUCACUAUGGAAGGGUGAAUAUGCUGUGGGAUUUGCAUGGAGUGUUGUAGCUCAGUUCCUAUACACUGGCGCUCAAGAGAUCUUUUCUAGGUUUUCGGGUACAUAUCUUGGUCAAGGCACCUCAGCAGUGUAUAGCUCUUCAACAACCAGCCAUGGCUUAUUCGUCGCUGGAAGAUUUGUUGCAGGCUUUGCAAUGCUCGCCUUACGGCCACGUUAUAUAUUGCUUGCUGCUCUGACAGGCUGCACUGUUACCACGGCAGUUGCUCUUAUCACACAAAGUAUGAGCACAGGAACUGUGAUGAUUCAACUGAUUUGGUUUUUGGAAUCAUCCAUUUUCCCGAUUGUUCUUGCUACAGCCAUCCGUGGCCGCGGGAAGCUCACCAAAGAUGGCGCAAAGUAUCAAAUUUCUUCCACUAUUGGAGCCAUGCUUUUCCCACCUCUAUACUACGCGGUUCUCAAAAAAAGCAAUCCUCGGUACGCCAUGAGUGUUCCACUCUCACUUUUUUCUAUAGUUGCAACGUAUCCUAUAUAUUUAUGCACCUCGUCAAAAGAACGAAAACGGUUGGAUAAAUUAGAUUGCACAGGGGACGUACCUGAGGAGAGAGAGAGACCUAUUGCUCUACAAGAUAUAAAGCCUGGUAGGCGACAAUAUCUUGAGAUGACAUAA